AUGGAUAUGAUUGAGGACCGGGAUAUACCUGGUCGAAGUAGAAACAGAGUUUUGGAGAACUAUCGAAAUGAGUCGAGGACGAGAUCCAGUUCAACGCAUAAUACAUUUGGUGCAAGGAAAGAGGGUAGUAGAACAAGAAGGACACCAACAACAGUACUGGCGGUACUUUAUAGCAAUAUACCAAAUGAUACAAAAAACGAGAAUGGCAUAAAAGAGUCACAUAAUAGUAGUGAGAACAUUAAUUUGAGUCGACAGAGAUUUUCACAAUCCGUGAUUUCCUCUGGUAUGAUGGUGUCGCCAGAUUUGCAAUGUCAUCAACGAGCUAGGGAGAAGCAUAAAAUAAAUGAAAGGGCUAGGAGAAGUAAAUCUUCCAGCAAUCGUAGGUCAGCUCAACAAAAGCGAUUAGAUAGGGAUUACGGAAAUGAAGAAAUAGUUGAUAAUAGCAUACAAAAUGAUUUGCCAUUAGAUAAUUUAAACAAGAAAUUAGAAGAGGAUAAUGAACAAGAGAGAUUUCAUAACUAUGGUAACCCCGAUAAUUCCUUCCGUGGUUUGCAAAGUACCGAAAGUGCAGAUAUAAAUAACAUGCAUUCAGAUCUUUCUUUUGGUAGCGAAAACCGAACCAAUGCAACAACACCUUCAUCAGUCAUAGCUUCUGCUGCCAAUAAAAUAUAUAAUAAAAUGAGUAAGCUUUUUGCCGGAGAACCUGAUAGCUUGUAUUCCCUAUCACGAGUCUCGUCUUGUUAUACUUUGAAAGGAAACGAUCAGCUUAAUGACAAAAAGCUUACGAGAAAAAACGGUCUGGAUACAACAAUAAGAACAGGAAGUCUAAAAUAUGAGAGUGAGCUGGAUGAUGAAGAAACUGAACUAGAUGAUGAUCGUGAAUCAGAGACUGCACAAGAAAUAAAUGCUAAACAUGAUACGGAUAAAAGCAAAAAUGUACUUAACAAUAUAAAUGAUGGUCGACGUGUUACAGCAAGCUCCAUUAAUUACAAAGAUACUUUACAAGAAAUUAAGGACUUCCAAAAUAACUUCGUAAAAAAAUAUAAUAAUGCUACCCCUACUCCUAUCGGAAACUCAAGUCAAAAAAAUACGAGUAGAACUUUGCAAAAGAUCUUAGACUAUAAGGAUUUAUAUUCUGAGGAGGAAGAUUCUACCAACUCUACAUCAAGUGGAAACCUAACAUCAAAAUGGAAUCCAUUAAUACCAGGUAGUUCAUCUUUCGAGUAUGGGAUCAAGAUUCAGCACGAAGCUAUUAUGUCUGAGUAUACACAAAUCAAAUUACGAUUCUCUAGCUCUCUAUCCGGAUCAUCCGCUGAAACUUAUUCAAUACCUAAUGAGAAAUCUCCAUCCAAUUUACAAAUGAAAUCAAAGGCAGGGGUUUUGGGGUUUAUUGAUAGGUCGAGGUAUUUCAGAAUGCAAGAUAGUCAUGAGAAAGAACAUACCGUUGAAAACUCGGAUGAUACAGCAGAUAUCCCAGCAAGCCUCGAUUUUCCGAAUAUAGAUUCUGAGAAUAAAGACGGCUAUAUUUCCAAACUUUGGAAGAGCGAAGUUGACCGUAUAUUUCCUACUCCAGAUUCCAUUCCUUCCACCACAGCAUACGACACUCCUGACUUGGAACCUCCUAGGAAAAUGAGCAUAGACUUAGGUAGUGAAGAUUGCGAUAUUUACGAAAAUAGACCAAACCACGGCCACGCUGCUACAAAAUCUAUCGAUCUCUCUCAAAUGGCAAGGAAUGUACGGUUCAAACGAUAUGCUUAG